AUGCAUCAUUCACAAGCAAAUCGAGCAGAUUGUUGAGCUCAGAGUACAGGAGGCUUGGGUACAGUGGCUACAUUAUAUCGUCCGGACCGACAUACGGUACGAACAGGGCGGUCCGAAAUCCUUCUGUAGUCACUGACCAUAGGCUGUGCUUCAAGUGCUGAAGUCUAUGGUCUCUUUCCGUCUGAUCUUGUGCUUGUUUCACCAGACUGUGUCAGCGUCGCGGUUAUUUCGACUGUCGUGGGACAGCAAUCUCCAUCUUCUGUAAAGCUUUCUCGAAUUGGUCGGUCCCUCUUCGAGAUAUAAUCAGCAUCUGAGAAGAAAAGUACGAUAAUGCUCACCAGAGAAGCCAUCCGCCAUUAUGGAGGCUAAAGCUGUGGUAGCAGCGUCCAGUGUAGAAAGCUCCCUGACAAAGGAGGAGGCUUUGGAAAAUGCUAUCCGUGCGGUUGAGCUGUAUAUGAGGGCAGCCGAGCAUGCAAGCAGUGGCGAAGAAAAAUCAAGGCUCCGAGGAAAGUGUAAGCAGUUACUCUCCCGGGCUGAAGAGAUCAAGAAGUCGACCAAGUGGUCUCCGAAGCCGAAGAGCAGACCUCCUGUUCUCGAAUCCAAAAGGUCCAUCUCCAAGCGUGAGGAGGUCAUUCUACUAGAGAGCUCCAGACUCCAUGGUUUCAUAUUCCCGCAGUGGAAAUCAGACCCCGAUGAAUCAAUCUUCGUCGGGGAAACCGAUGCUGCGAAGUAUAUCGAGCCUACUGAUCUCAAACUGUCCGAUGCUCAGAAGGAGAUAUUCGAUGACUGGAAGAGACCAUCCGAGAAUCUGAUGAGUCAGGACGAGCUAUUGAUGGAUGUCAUAGAUAAUAUCGACUUAGUGCAAGACAUUACGACAGAUUGCUCUGUUGUGGCGAGUCUUUGUGCGGGAACUGCAAGGGAGGUGAAAGGUCAUGAGAUGCUAUUUGCUUCUGCUAUACAUCCUUUCGAUGUGUAUAAAGCUCGACCCAAGAUUUCUAGGAGCGGAAAAUAUAUCUUUCGGUUGCACUUCAAUGGUUGCUUCCGACAAGUAACUAUUGACGAUCGACUUCCUGCGUCAAAGACUGCAAGAAGUCUACACGUGGUUGACCGAAAUAAUCCCCAGCUUCUUUGGCCCGCUUUGAUCGAGAAGGCCUAUCUCAAAGUUCGGGGCGGCUACGAUUUCCCAGGCUCGAAUUCAGGAACUGAUCUUUGGGUCAUCACCGGAUGGAUUCCAGAACAGAUCUUCCUUCAGAGUGAUGAUGUUCAACCGGAACAGCUCUGGCAUCGAGUUCAUAAUUCAUUUGUUUAUGGGGAUGUCAUGCUGACGCUGGGAACGGGAGGGCUGUCUCACAGAGAAGAAAGGGAGCUCGGUUUGGCAGGAGAGCAUGACUAUGCGAUCCUAGAUAUGAAAGAAGUUGGGAAGCAGAGAAUGAUGCUAGUCAAGAAUCCUUGGUGUGAUGGUAUGAUAUGGAAAGGCUCGCAAGUAAAAGUCGACUCUGCCGGAGAUGAGUGGUCCAAGGAAUUGCGUGACGCACUUCCCACAAGUAACCCCCCGUCGCCGGGAACUUUCUGGAUGAGUUUCGAGGAUGUUGUACAGCAUUUCGAAUCUCUUUACCUUAAUUGGAAUCCUGGAUUGUUCCUAUACCGUCAGGAUCAUCACUUCUCGUGGACCAUCCCAGUGAUAAAAAGUCCGGGUACCUUCACGCACAACCCACAGUACUCCUUAAGAUCUGCACGACAAGGGAUAGUCUGGGUUCUACUCAGCCGCCACUUCGCAACCAAGGAGCACGAUAUCGCCAAGGAAAGACCAAACACGGCAUCAGCAGCAUCAAAUACACUUGGCUUUAUCAGUCUCUACGUUUUUGAGGCCAAUGGUCGAAGGGUAUAUCUUAGCGACAAUGCCCUCCAUCGUGGAGCGUUUGUCGACUCACCACAAACACUUGCACGACUUGACCUCUCCGCAUCAACGUCAUAUACAAUCGUGGUAGCCCAACAAGGCCUACCAUUGCCGAAAUAUUCCUUUACACUCUCGUUCUUCUCUCGAACGCAAAUCUCAGUUGAGGAUGCCGAAGACAGAAUCCCACAUUAUAUCACACAUGCGGGAGCGUGGACACCUCGCACGGCAGGUGGAAAUGCUAGUUCUCCCCACUACCCCAGCAACCCCCAAUUCAGCAUCUCAAUACCUUCCCGCACGGACAUCACUUUAAUUCUGGAGACAGAUCAAGAAGAACUUGCCGUUCACGUGAAAAUGGUUUGGGCAGACGGACAACGCGUGACGGCUGUUACUUCGAAAGAUAUAGUUGGAGGGUCAGGCGAUUACAGGCGUGGAUGCGCAUUAGCAUCCAUUCAGGAUGUCGCUCCUGGUAACUACACCAUCGUAUGCUCCACGUUCGAAGCUGGACAGACUGGAAAUUUUACCUUGAGGGUAGGGUCCAUGGUGCCUUGCGUGGUGAAGGCCGUCCUAGCAGAAACAGCAGGUCGUCUAAGCCUUAGUCUCCCACCAAUCGUCUUCCAAAACGGACUCAACAGGAUGCUUGCACCCCUGACUGCUGCUCGAUUGACAAGGCUUAGGAUAGUGGCUAGAUGUGGGGGCGGCGGGCGACUGGCUCCAUCUUCGAGAUCCCGGCCUUCGCUUAAGGUUUCGUUGGAAAGGGGUCAGGGUCCAAAUAAAUCGAUACUGACCGUGUCGGGUGAAGGAGAAUUCAGUGAUUCUCCCAUGGGAAUAAGAACUCCUGAUUUGGAUCUAAGUCCUAAUAUGAGCCAACCUGGCGGGAUAUGGAUAGUGUUGGAACGUCUGGGUGGGAGUAACGGCUCGGAUGAGGUGGCUGUUGAGGUGCUGAGCGACAGUCCUGUCAACGUGGGUCUCUGGGGAACCGGUGAUGGUUAAGUAUCACAAAUACUAGUAUCUAACGAGGGUUUCUCGGGCAACGUAGGCAAGAUGAAUGAUUGCACAAACCGUACAAAAGUCAACGACAGUCAGUAUGAAGCCCCAAGCCACCCACGCUAGCGAAGCACCGUC